AUGCUACACAGCGAUGAACACACUUUGACCUGUCAGCUGGAAAGGACAAAGCCCACGGUUGAAAAUGUGACGCCAUUGGCGCUCCACCAACAGACACAGCCGAGAAUCAAAGGAGUAGCACUGGAUCGACAAAAUGAGCUGCCAAUUCUGUAUGGGGGUGGCAGAGAACUGCUGGUUGGGCUGAUACCGCCUCCAGGAGAGCCUUUGCUGCUGGGACGCGUGGAAGUGGCGGAUUUCUUCGUUUUGAGUACGUGUAUGGUGGUUUGGAUUAAUGCUCAGGAAAUCGGGUUGCAGAUCCCGUACCAAAAGGUGGUCUACCAUGGAACACGACUAAUUGAGGACCAGAGACCUAAUGCGGCAGGCUCCAGCAUGGAGAUAGUCUUGACCGUGCAACGAGACGCCACGCUGGACCAGCUAUUCCCGCGAAGUGUUGAUUCUACAGAGUGGUCGGCGGAAUAUCCGCUGGAGACGGUUGAGUUGGUGCUGCGGCCGCAAUACGGGGAGUUCGAGCGUGUGUACAACGAGGAGCGCGAGGCGCUGUUUACGUUUCGAGAGUUUGGGCUGAACCGGGGCGAUCGGAUGGUGUCCAACUGCAAUGCUGCGAUUUCUCGAUGCAUGGACCUUUUCUGCACGGACGAGGACCAGGGAGAUGACCCGGACGAGCCUGUUGGAGGAGGAGGAGGAGGAGGAGGAGGAGGCCUGCUGCAGAGCGAUGCAGCGGCUGUGUACGCCAACUUUGGCGCGGCGGACGACCUGGACGUCGAUAGCGAUAUUGGGGCGUUGAAGGACGACGGUGUGGACGCCGGAAUGGCGUUGGAAUUCUACGACGACGUGCCGCUGGCCGGACGGCGCCACAUGUGGGACUCCGGCUUGCACGAGGAGGUCAAGAAACCCAGGAGUUGUAUGUGA